AUGAAAUACCUCCAGCGACUGGGUUUGGCAGCCCAGCCCCUUCGUCACGCCCUCUUCUCCUCGAGACAUGCAAGCCAUCGAUUUCCAGGCAUCCUUUUGCGUCCAUAUUCCGCAUCUCCAAGCCUCUCAGCAAGCUGGGUUAUCAAUCGCAAACGAGUGGCCACGGAUACGACCAGCGAACCCACUACCUCCAGGCCGCAGCGCUUUUCCCGACCAACAAAUGACGAGAUCGAUGCUCGCCUUAUCCAACUCGUCGACGCUGCGGGGAAUAUAGACGCACCUGUACUGAAAUCCUACGUCCUUAGGUCUUUUCAAAAAAGCACGCAUGUUCUGGUCGAGCUGGACCCGGGCGAGCCCGGUCGUCACACUGUCUGCAAAAUUAUGUCGUUGAAGGAACUGCGAGACCUCGAGAAGGCGAAAGAGAGGGCAGCACGAUUAGCGAAACUUAGUGCAAAAACAUCCGUCAAACAGAUCGAAUUGAACUGGUCCAUCGAUUCGCACGACCUUUCUCAUCGGCUAAAAAAGCUGUCUGCCUUUAUCGACAAAGGCCGCACUGUCGAAAUCGUCUUGACUAGGAAACGGGGGAAGCGAGUCGCUACCGCGCCGGAAAUCCAGCAACUGCUGGACCAGAUCAACGCGGCAAUUGAGGAUGCCAAUGCUCGCCAGAGCAAGGCAAUGGAAGGAGAACCAGGCAAAACACUUACGAUGACCGUGGAGAAGAAGGAAUAG